AUGGCGUCUGCUGUAGUCAUGGCCACCUCACCUCCUUUCACACUGGACGCUGGCACCGCCUUCUCCCUCGCCGUUGCCUUUUCUCUGAUGCCAUCAGCGCAAAUACUUGCCGCCUAUGCCUUACCCAAAUCCGCACCUCGAAAGCUUUACCUCCUCUUCCUGUGGCAUGCUUAUGAUUUCCUCACCCAUUUCAUCAUUGAGGGCAGCUUCUUGUACCAUUGUUUCUUCUCCUAUGCGCAAUUGCCGCCACAAACCGCCGACGUCUCACAUCCAGCGUCUUGGGGCGGUGAGCCGCAAGCCUACCUGUUCAAUCGACCCGACCGUCGAUACGGUGCUCUAUACUCCCAAGGGCCCAUGGCCAGACUGUGGCAGGAAUAUGCAAAAGCUGAUCGAAGAUGGGGAGGCGCAGACCUGAACGUCAUAUCACUGGAAAUUCUCACCGUUGGAUUGGCUGGACCGGCUGCUGUGUACAUAUGUUAUCUGGUUUCCAAGAUUGCCAACACCACAGAUGAAAAUAUCAAAAGUCGCUGUCAGUCCCGGCUUUGGUUUACAGCAAUCAUUCUCGCAACCGGGGAGCUCUAUGGAGGAUUUAUGACGUUUGCACCGGAGUGGUUGAGCGGCAGCAACGCACUGGCUAGCGACGACCCCGUCUAUCUCUGGCUGUACUUGGUCUUUUUCAACAUGUUGUGGGUCUUCAUACCUUUCUUGAUUCUGUAUGCAGGUUUCCAAGAGAUCUCCACGGCCUUCGCGAUCAAAAGCCCGUCCGCGAAAAAGACGAGAUAA